GCGUGGGAAAAAAGUAGCGGCUUAUAGUCCGGAAAAAACGUUGUUUAUUACGCCUGACUGUGACUACAUUGUUACUCAAGCAACAAUUCAACACUGCUUUUUUUUUCUUGCAUUAUUCAUCAUCAUCAUCCGUAUCUGUUUUCUGUCAUACAUGUUUGAGUUUUUUUGUAAUUUCAAUUUUAGAUCUUUGCAGCAUCCAAGCCUAGGGACUAUGUACAAUAAGUGCCUAGAAACAUCAACCAGUAUCAUAACCACCUCAAACUUUGUCUAUACAUACAACCACAAAAUAAUUAGUCCCUCAACAAUCCACCACAGAGGUUAGUGAUCCACUGAUUGUAGCUCGAAGACUACAGAAUGCAGUUCAGCACAAUCAAUUGUUCAUUCAAGUGGUUCCAUAAAUGGUAGGCCUUCAAGAGGUACCGCAUGAAAAAAUUAUGCACCAGCAACAAGGCAGCUCCCGCUGACAGAACCCUAUAGACUACCACCAAAACAGACUCCACAGCCGAUAAGCUGUAACAUUAUGACCACUAAUCAGUGAAGUGAAUAACACUGACUGACAUAAUGAACAUUUGGUCCUCAAAGUAGAUGUGUUAGAAACAGGAAAAAUGGGCAAACAUAAGAAUAUGAGCAUGGUAAGAUGGCAAGAGAUGGACAGAGAGAAAUUGGUUUUGUGGAACAUAGAAUUGUGGACUUUGUUUUCCAGAGUGUAAACUGUUUGAGCAACUGAUAACAACAUAGCCCAGAAAUAGUACAUUCAAUUAUUAAAAUGCUUAGCAAAACAUUUUAUUGUACUUUUUCACCUUGAGCAGGCUAAUUUCCCCACAUUGGGCAAUAGACCUUGGCCUACAACCCAGAUUUCUCUAGAGGCAGCCACUGAGGGACACUAGCAGAGAGUGUCAAUGACAACACUGUGGUGAGUUUAAUUAGUUGUUACUCUGUUUGUAUUCAUGUCCUCUCCUUUAAAGCCUUCAUGUGCAACCGUCACUCAGACUCUGUCUAACUCUUUCUCCAUCUGUCUUAUGUGCCACAAUGCUAUGCCACUGCAGUGAAGGGUUUGGUCUUUUUGUGAUAAGAAUGUCAUUUUGUUUUGACAGCCACAUUUAAUUAUUAGAACAGUUGGUAGUACAUCAACAAGUGUGUGUGUUUGCUUAGAAUAGUGAUGGCUAAUAACAGCUCAUUGGUUGGUAGUAAGAUUUCUCUGUUGCACUUAGGGGACACAGUCAUUAUUAUGCAGGUCCUGGUGAUAAUAUUUCUUUGCAUUAAUUUUUUGCUCAUUGUAACUUUUUUCAAAAAGGAGUGCUUCUACACAACUACACGUUACAUCCUAUUUGCUGUUACUCUGCUGUCUGAUAGCCUGAUGUUAUUCAUGUCUGAUUUCUUGGUCAUAGUGAACUAUUUGGAAUUUAGUAUGCAAGUUUGGAUAUGUAUCAUUAUCUCUGUUGUGGUACUUCUGUAUAAUAUAGUUACACCAGUUACUCUGACAGCAAUGACCCUGGAGCGAUAUGUGGCCAUCUGCAUGCCCCUGCGUCAUGCAGAGCUGUGCUCCACACGCAGCACUAUGCAUUGCAUCCUCAUCAUUCAUGGCCUCAGUUCUGUACCCUGCAUUGUUGUUCUCUCCACCUUCUUUGCAUCAGCCUCUUUUAGUUUGUACAAACAACACAGGUUAUGUGCUUUGAAGAUGUUUAUGUUGCACAGAUGGCAGGACCAUGUUACCUCAGCUGUACAAGAGUUUUACUUUUUAAUUAUGUGUGGAAUUAUUAUAUUCGCUUAUCUUAAAAUUAUGAAAGCGGCCAAAGCUGCAUCAGGAGAGGAUAAAAAGUCGUCAUGGAAAGGGCUCAGAACAGUAAUUCUUCAUGGUUUCCAGCUACUGCUCUGUCUCAUUCAGCUGUGGACUCCAUUCAUAGAAGCUGCUGUAUUUAAGAUUGAUUUCAUGUUAUUUAUUGAUUUCAGGUACUCUAACUAUGUAUUGUUUAGUCUUACUCCAAGAUGUCUGAGUCCUCUUAUUUACGGCCUCAGAGAUGAAACCUUUUUUCAUGCAUUGAAAACCUUUGCCUUCUUUGGCUCGUAUAAAAUAAAUAUUUAA